AUCUCCUUCAAAACACAACUCUCUCUCUCUCUCUACAAACCUUCUUAAACUCCCUCAGGAGUCAAACAUACACGAAAAUGGGAGCUUGCGGUUCAAGUGAAUCCCGGAGAACAGACACAGCGAAGCUAAUAUUACCAGACGGAACGUUGCAAGAGUUUUCAUCACCUGUAAAAGUGUGGCAGAUUCUUCAGAAGAAUCCCACGAGUUUUGUUUGUAACUCAGACGAUAUGGACUUCGACGACGCAGUUAUAGCAGUUGGUGGCAGCGAGGAUCUCCGGCCUGGAGAGCUUUACUUCGUUUUACCGUUAACAUGGCUGAAUCAUCCAUUAAGAGCAGAGCAAAUGGCUGCUUUGGCUGUUAAAGCGAGCUCCGCGCUUACCAAAAGCGGCUGGAGUUGUGGCCAUGACGGUGAUGGGAGAAAGGUCUCUGGUGGUGAGUGUAGAGUUAAGAGAGUGAAAAGAAAUGGUUGCGGCGGAAGAGGCUGUGGUGGUGGUGGUAAAGGGAGGAGGAAAUUUACGGUGGAGUUGAGUUCGAUAGCUGAGUAGAGGAGUAAUUUGGUUUGUGUACGUCAAUUGUAAUUAGAGAGUUUGUUUUUUUUUAAUCUUGAAAGUUGAAACAUGUAUAUCGAGCUUUUUUGUUGUAAAAAUAUAUUUUUAGGUAAAUAUUUCCAUUGAGACUGA